AUGGCUACUCUUUCCUCCGCAGCAGCUCCGCAAUCCCCGUUGCGUCAACGGCGCUUCGCUCCCCUCAAUGCGGAGAGCUCGCGAAAUUCCUCCGCACCUGCACUGAGGGGCAUCGUCUUCGAUGUCGACGGCACAUUAUGCCUCCCCCAAAACUACAUGUUCGCCGAGAUGCGAGCCGUCCUCAACAUCGACAAAAAAACCGACAUCCUCCACCACAUCGCCAGCCUCCCCACCGCCUCCGCCCAACUCGAAGCCGCCGACAAGAUCAAGGCCAUCGAACGCGAGGCCAUGCGCCACCAGCAACCGCAACCGGGGCUGGUGGAUCUGAUGGAUUAUCUGGAGCAGAGGGGGGUUCGACGGGCGUUGUGUACGCGGAAUUUUGAGGCCCCCGUGACGAAUCUCCUGCAGAAUCAUCUCCCGGCUCAUGUGUUUCUGCCGAUCAUCACCCGCGAGACGCCUGGGUUGAUGCCCAAGCCGGAUCCGGCGGGGAUUUUGCAUAUUGCGAGGGAGUGGGGGUUGGAGGAUGGCGGGGAGGGGUUGAUUAUGGUCGGAGAUAGCCUCGAUGAUAUGACGGCCGGGCAUACGGCGGGAGCCGCGACCGUGCUCCUCCUCAACGACCACAAUGCUCAUUUGAAAGACCACGAGCAUACCGAUCUCUGCAUUGAGCGCUUAGAUGAGCUGGUCGACAUCUUGGGCCGUGGAUUCGUCGGUCACAGAGGUGGGAACAAAGUUCCCACGACCGAUGCACCCACGGCCGCGGCAUCGGCUCAAUGA